UUUCGGUUUCCCUCUCAUCUCACCAAACGUUUCCCUCCAUUUUUUCCCCUCUUUUAUCACGCUCCAAAAACUACAAUCCCACUAAAAUACACAUUUCUUGACCUCCAAUUUUCAAGCUUGAUUCAAAUUUCGUUCUCUUAUCCCAACUCUUUUCCCUUUCCCUCCCUUUCCAAUUUUGUUGAUAACCCUAACAUUUUUAUCCGCAAAACCCACAUCUUAGUCGAAACCCUAGGCGACGAGCAUCGGUAACCAUGAAUUCCGACGACUUGCUGACGUGCUGUGAGGAUCCGUUAAUUGAAUCGAACAAAGAUGAUGAUGUAGAAGAAGAGUAUGAAGAAGCUCCGAUGCUAGAAGGCAGGAGUGAGGUCGGAGGAGCUAAAGCCGAGGACGAUGACGAGCUCCUAUACACGAGGAGCGCCGAGAGGAAUUACUCUGAACAUCGAUGGUCUUCUCACUGGCCUGCGCCGAGACCUUGGGGAUUAGCCGGAAAUCCUUACUUUUCCAGCUGGCCAUACCGCCACGACAGGCCUGCUGCAAUUGUGGGAGCAGGACUAGAAAACUUGGGCAAUACUUGCUUCUUGAAUGCAGUGAUGCAGUGCUUUAUUCACACGGUUCCACUUCUACAUGGCGUUCUUUCAGAUAAACAUUCAGAUUGUGAUAAAGAAAGCUUUUGCUUAGUUUGUGCUAUGCGGUGGCUCAUUAACCAUUCACUGACUAGGAGAAAUGGACCUGUUGCGCCUCUUCGUCUCGUGGACAAUUUGAGUUAUUUUUCGUCAGGCUUCAAAAGAUUCCAACAGGAAGAUGCUCAUGAAUUCCUUCAAUGUUUUCUGGAAAGGCUUGAAAGCUGUAAUGUGUCUUCAGAAAGUGAUAACGUAGUGAAUCAAAUAUUUGGUGGUCGUCUUGUCAGCAAACUGAAGUGUUGUAGCUGUGGCCACUGUUCUGAUACUUAUGAGCCAUCAAUUGACCUGAGUUUGGAAAUUGGGGAUGCCGACAACCUAUUGACCGCUCUUCAGUCGUUUACAAAGGUUGAAAAAAUUGAAGAUCCAGAUACCAAGUUUACAUGUGAAAAGUGUAAGGAGCAAGUAUCCAUAGAAAAGCAACUUUCCUUUGACAAGGCCCCAACUGUGGCCCUUUUCCAGUUGAAGAGAUUCAAAAAUGAUGGUUGCUUGGUCCACAAAAUUGAUAAACAUGUGGCAUUUCCGUUAGACAUGGACUUGCAGCCAUUCACGUCGGGCGGCAAUAACAGUACUAUGGAACUUAAGUAUGUACUUUAUGCUGUCGUCGUGCAUGUUGGAAUGACAUCGACAUCUGGGCACUAUUAUAGCUUCAUUCGCUUAUCUCCCGAAAUGUGGUGCAAGUUUGAUGAUUCUAGGGUUGAGCUGGUUUCUGAAGAUUACGUGCUAUCUCAGGAAGCAUAUAUUCUGUACUAUGCAAAAGAGGAUACACCUUGGUUUUCAAAUUUUGUCGAAACGCAAGAAUACUUUAACCUAGAUUCAAAAGCAUGGGAUGCAUCACCUAAAUCAGUCUUAGAUAGAGUACACACUUCGCCACUGUCUCCUAUUUUGGAGAAUAAGUCUAGUCGUGAUAUUGGUUCAGAACUAAGGGAAGUUGACCCUAGCAAUGAGAUGAAAGAUGGUGAACAAUUGCAUGACAACUUGAAGACCAAUGAAAACACAGAUGGAAAUCUAUGUGCAGGGCCUUCUCUAGGCACACCCUCACCCGAAGCCCAAAAAGAGCUAUUUAACACAUAUUGUGAAAAGCUAAAUGGAUCUAAAGAAGAAAAAGAAGCUAAUGGGACUGCAUCUAAUCAUAUCAACACUCCUGAAUAUCAUUCGAGAUCUCCUAGUCCAGAGAUAUACAGAGAGGACCCACCUGAUGCAGGUUUCAUGAUUCCACGUGGCCAUCUGAAAACGGUAGCUUGCAAAAGGCGGCUUGAGAAUGAUAUGGAUGAUUUGGAGACAAAGCAAGCUUACUCGUUUAUAAGGAAGAGCAUGCCUCGUUCGAGAGGACUGCAAAUGAUGGCUGCUCUAAAGGGGUCCAAACUCAAAGCUCCUGAGAAUAGGAAAAGGAGUAGAAAAUUGGGAAAAAAUGAUUCUACCAUUAGACCUGUGGCCCGUCCUUUGAUUGCCGGGACUCACAGGUGGGUCUCGGGGAUGAACGAGGCUGAGAUCAUCGAGGGAGACUCCUCUUCUGACGACGACGGGGCUACUGAGGAGCGUGGUCAGAACACAGAAUAUUUACGAUAUAAGUGUUUGGUUUGGCUGAAAGCAUCUCGAGGGGAAGGCAACGACGGCGAGAGGGAGCAUGCUUUGAAAGACAAGGUUGGGCGUCCACACUUGAUUGUUGGGACGUCCAAGAGUUUCAGCAGGAGGGAGCUCCGGUCGCCGGAUAAGAGAAGGGCGGCGGAUUCCGGCGACUCGAUGAGCAGCAGCAGCAGCUCAGACGGGCGGCGGCUCAACUUCCGGCCGGCGACGCCUCCUCCGACCGCCGUUAGCUACCGGGCGGCCAAGCGGAGGAAGGGAAUUCCCCAUAGAGCCCCCACGGGAUGCCUUGCGAUUGAGGGUAAUUGA